GGCUGCUGCGCGCGCCAAAGGAAUCACUCCACCUUCAGUUUCACGCAACGGUCAAUCUUCGAUGUGAGGUGAAAAUAAGCAGAUAACUUCUGUAAGACUGGUAGUGAGUGAAAUAUUAACAGUAUGUCCAACACAUGUUAAAAAACACAUCACUGAGAUUGCACGGAAGAUGGCCAUGGCUUAUCCUGAAGCAUUCAAAGAUAUUAUUGAAGGGGAAGUUGUUGGAAGUGGGUAUGAUUCAGUCAUCAAACAGCUGAUUAACAGACUGGACAAUGUGAGGAGAGGAAAGACAUCACUUUCUUUAAAGAGACAAGCAGCUGGCAACAGUGAAGAAGAUACUUUGUGUAGAAAGAAGAGACUCGAUAGCUACGGGUGUAAAAACUGGCAACCAGUGCAGCUACCAGCUAAUGAAACGCCUGACACCCAGAUAUCUGUAAAGCAGGAAAUGAAGAAAAUGAAAAAAGAACAGUUCCAUGAUGCCAAAAUUGUUGAGAAUAUGAUGAGGGCCACCUUCUUUACUCAGCGAAAAGACAUCAUAAAUGGGGUUGAAACCUCUGAUCUGUUGCACGAAUGGCCAUAUUUGUUUGAAACAUCUGGCAUGAUGUCUCACUUUAAAGAGCUAACUGCGAUAGACUUUGAAGACAAAACUAUAGCAAGUAAGUGUGCUAGAGUUGUUUCAUACUUCAGAUGUACUGACAAGACAGCAAAGAUGCAGACCAUCUUCAGGGAAAUGGAAAAAUCAAGCAAGAACGUGGAUGAUAUCAACGCUGCUGGAUUUCUUCAGCUACUUCUCAAGUACUUCAGCGAGAGAGAGGACCAGAUGUUCCAUAAAGUGGAUCAAACAACCUUGCCAUCUGAAGUAGACUGUGCCAAACUUCCGAGUACACCCUGCAUAAUUGUGUGUGGAAGUUCACCUUUGACCGCAGAGAACUUCAUGUUUUCAGUUGACCAAGUCGUCGUUAACGGCCACAUCACCAUCUUCUGUGAUGCUCUGAAGUUGAUGUUUGCUUCAUAUUACUGUUUGAACAUUUCAUACCCAGUAGACCAAGGAGGAACGCUAGAGUUUGUGCAAAGAUGCCUUUUUAAGAUGAACCCCGAGAAGGGAUCAAAAGUGGAGAAAACAACAUCAAGAAAGCAAUCAGCAGUCAGUCCAAAGGUUCUUUCACUGAUUAGCAAAAUUGCAGACUAUGAAUGGAUGGAUUAAAAACUUUUAAGUGUCAGAUCUUCCAUUGACUUAAAAUACUGAUAAUUUUAUUUCGUGGUUGAAUUAUUUGUUGCUGUCUGUACACACACACACACACACACACUCAUAUGACAGCACAUGGUUGAGAUCCCUGAUGUUAAGAUGCCGUUCGUCUGGGAGUCGUCUCUUUCUGUUCUGUGUAGAACGGAUGCUUCCUGAACUCUACAGCUACACAUACACAUCUGACUGAUGUUAUUAGUGCACUGAGGAUCAGUCUGAGGAUUGAGUUGUGAGUGUCAGAGUGUUACUUUACUAUCAUCUCUACACUAUUAGAGCAUAUAUCUGUUGUCGAGGUGAAUAAUUUCUUCACAGGUGGUUCAGUUAAAUUAAAGUACAAUUUUAGUAUAAAUUGUUGUGUUUACCAAAAUUGUUUUUACUGUGUGCUGUUGCAUUUAUGAUUUUUUAAAUAUUUUUAUUCUGUUUUGGCCAUGAACAAAAUGAAUUGUAAUAUUGUUGAAGUUAUGAUUAUUGGAAAAUCAUUGAACUUGUGCUAUAAUCUUUAUACUUGUAUAUUGUUGCAGUCUUGAAUAUAGAAUAUUAAGAGUAAAUUGCAGUUUUGAACAAAAUGUAUUGGUAUGUUCUUGCAGAUAGGGCAAUAAAUUAUUAAAACACUA